AUGAUCUACGGAGCCAUAGGGGUACCGCUGGCCCUUCUUGUCCUGGCUGACAUGGGUCGCCACUUCACCGUGUUACUCAAGUUCCUUUGGGUGGUCACCCACAAGUCCAUCGAUGUAGGAGCCUGCAUCUAUCGUCACUCGGCUUCAGCUGCAGCCACAGCCGGCGGUGCCGUUGUCGCUGUCGGCCGUCGAAGGAUUUUAAGGGAUGGUCAACCUCCGUACAAACCCGCUGGCAAGAUGUCUGGCGACGAGAGUCGUGCUCCUCUGGCAGAGAAAGAGGAUGAUUCAGAAAGUCCGGUACAAGAAAAGCAAGUACAAAUAGCCGAGCCAAGUAACCAGAGUAAAGACGAAGAGAGCUUCUUCGGCGGCAAGAAACCUACUUUGGCAGACAUUGACGAUCAGUUUAAUUUGCCAAUAGUCUCUAUGUGCAUAAAUGUAGCCGUUCAGUUCUUCACCCGGACCAUCAGAAAGGCAAAGGCCACCAUGAACGAAAUCUCAGACAAGGCCCAGAAAACAGCUUCCAUGACAAUUGGAAAAGCAAAAUCUGCAGUGGUCAAAAUCGCCGGUGAAGCCGCAGAUGAACACCAAGAAGGCGAAAAUGGAGAAACAGGCGCCCAGCGACGUGACAGUUCUAGAAGCUUACGGAGAUUUUCUCUACGCAGGUCACUCAGCUGGCGAGGCAGUCGUAAAUCAAAAGCGUCGAAUGAAGACGACAACUCGUCCGGUAUUGAAAAAGCGACCGGAUCAGACGCCAUUGCUGACAAAGAAGACAACCAAUCUCGCGUUGCUAUAGAAACCCAACCACCGGAAACGACUGACAAUGAGAAACCAUCGAAUACAAUCGUAGUAAUACCAGCCACACCUACCUCGCCGAUUAACCCUGUCUGA